AUGCCUGCAACCACCAGAUCUAUCUCUAGAAGACUUCCCUCAUCUAUUUCAAAAGAUGUGGAGUUGCAUCUUCCCAAAGAUUCCUCCUCAAAUGCUACUUUACAAAACGUUAAUGAAAAGCACGGAAAAGGUCCCCACCAAAAUCAAGGUUCUAAACAACAGAAGCCUGCCAGAGGAAACACAAAAAUCGAUUUGUCAGAUCUCCCUUCUACCACUAUCACUCACUGGCCUUGUCAUAAUUGUGAUUGCCCUCAAGGAGUCUUCGAAUUGUUAGUUCCUAUUUGUGUCAACUGUAGACACGAGAUGAAUGACCAUGCACUUCAUGAUUUCAGUGCAUGGAAUACCCACUGCCCUUAUAUUUGCGAAAGAUCAGAUCUAGUUUCUUCAGUUCUGCAACUUGCAUCAAAGACGGGAAUCGUGGUUAUUCGUGCUACACCUCUAGUGGGAAAGACAACGCUUCUUCAGUUACUUGGAUAUCAUAUUCUCCUUCAUAACCCAGAGCUUGAGCCUGUAUUCGUUCUUUGGCAGCCUAAAAUAUGA